AUGGUAGGGGUGGAACUCAAUACCACAAGCUCGGCGAUCAAAUCUGGAUUCAUUACAAAGGACUCAAUUCACAUCCCCGAGGUUCAGACGGCUAUCGAUGCGGGUCCGGAUUGA